AUGGCCGUGGAAGAUCAUACUGACACGCUUGCGUGCUUUCUCUCACAAUUGAAGUACGAAGAUCUCCCAGAGCAGGUUGUUGAGCAAGCAAAACGUGGAAUUCUCAAUAGCUUGGGUUGCGGACUGGGCUCCUCACGAGCCCCAUCGACGCAGAAAGUCUUUGCCCUCGUCAAACAUGCUGAUCAGGCCAGUCUCAUCGGCAGAUUCGAACGAGCAUGUGUGGAAGAUGCUGCCCUACUCAACGGUAUUGCCCUUACAGCAGCCGAUUAUGAUGACACGCACCUUCGGACAGUGAUUCACCCUUCGGGGACGCCCCUUGCGGCGCUAUUCUCAUGGGCGGAGCAUCAUCAUCUGUCGGGCAAGGAGUUCUUGCUUGCAUUUGUCUGUGGAGUUGAAGCACAAUGCGCGGUGGGAAAUGCAAUAUCGCCUGGGCAUUACCGGGAUGGAUGGCAUAUCACCGGGACGACCGGAUCAUUUGGUGCAGCGGCAGCGGUUGCAAAGGGACUCAGGCUUGAUUCACAUAGAUUUGCAGCGGCGCUCGGUCAUGCCUGCAGCAUGGCAGGAGGGAUCAGGGCGAUGUUUGGAACAGAUACAAAAACAUUGCACAUGGGAAGAGGUGCGCAAAAUGGGAUUCUUGCAGCAGAACUCGCAUCCCUAGGAUUUCAAAGCUGCAAAAGAUCCAUUGAGUCAUGGGCGAAAUUGGUGUCGCCGACUGUCAAUGAGGGACUGAUAUCAACACUCGCACAAGACGGAGAAUGGCAGAUCCUCGAGAACACCUUCAAGCCAUAUCCCUGCGGGAUUGUCAUCCAUCCACUCAUUGAUGGAUGUUUGGAGGCAUUUGCAGAUGACGAGACGAUCGCUGAAAAGUUGGACGCUCUUGAUGUGACUGUGAACCCCCAAUGCGUACGGCUCUGCUCAAUCAGGCAUCCAACAUCUGGGUUGGAAACCAUUUUCUCCUUAUAUCACGGAUGUGCAGUCGCCCUGGUCCACGGGAGUGCUGGACCAACACAAUUCGCGGAUCAGGCAUGCAAUGACGUGGCGGUUGCGUCUGUGAGAGACAAGAUCAAUGUCGCAACGAACGCAGCAAUUCGUGACGAUGAAGCGUAUUUGGAGCUGACGUAUCGCUCCGGCGAGCUUCAGAAGAAGAAGAUUCACAUCAAGCAUGCUACUGGCUCUUUGGCGAAGCCCAUGACAAAGCAGAGUCUCGAGAAGAAGUUCUUGGGCCAGGCUAUGCCAAUUCUCGGAGAACAAAGGGCCCAAAAGGCGAUUGAAGCGGCGUGGAGCCUCGAGAGCCUCAGGGAUAUCUCUGAUUUUACUCAGUUGUUCAGCCCAGGGCGUCAAAGUUAG